UCUGUUUACUGCGCAUGCUUAGCCGCGGCUUCUUCCGGUCUGUACUGUAAGAGAGAGAGAGAGAGGGAGGUGUGUAGGGGGAGGACGCGACACGGGAUGCGUGGAAGGCGAUACUCGUCAGCUAUGGAAGAAAACAUCUUCCUCUUCAUUCCCAACAUCAUCGGCUACGCCAGAGUCGUCUUGGCGCUCGUAUCGUUCUAUUUCAUGCCCACUCAUCUCUGGCUGGCCGGCAGUACCUACCUCUUGAGCGGCUUUCUGGACGCGUUCGACGGAUGGGCGGCACGCAAGUUCCACCAGGGGACCAUGUUUGGCGCCGUACUUGACAUGGUCACCGACAGGGUUGCUACGACAUGUCUCAUAGUGGUCCUAGGCCACUUCUACCCGGCCUACCUCUUCUUGUUCCAGUUCCUGAUAGCACUGGACAUCUCCAGUCACUGGGUCCAGAUGUACUCCUCCCUCCAGCUGGGAGACUCCUCCCACAAGGUCACCGACCUCUCCGCGAACCCCGUCAUGAGGUUCUACUACAUGCGACCGGUUCUCUUUACCUUCUGUGCUGCCAAUGAGCUCUUUUUCUGCUCACUCUACGUUCUCUACUUCACUCCAGGCUUCUCUAUCCCACUUUUUGGAGCAGAGGUGGGCAUCUGGACUCUACUGGCCCGUGUCUGUUUCCCCAUCUCCUUCCUGAAGCAGUGUGUCAGUAUCGUACAGCUGGUGGUGGCCUGUCAGAACCUCGGGGGUAUGGAUGCCGCAGAGAGGGCACGCAAACCAACAGACAGCCGCUAGUAUAGUGUAGCAGUAAUAUACGUCAUAAUGUCACUGUACCAUGUAUCCCUUCUUCUACACUAUCCUACUUUUAUUGCAACAACGGUGUUAUGCGCAGCGCGCAUGCACAGCGAGGGUUACGAGUUGGCGUGUCUGUCUUGACACUUGGGACACAGCUAUCUAUCGCAGCUACACUUACGUGGUUUCGCAGGUGUGACAGUUGCAGUCAUUU